UGCGGCCCUGUCAGGCCUGUGCGUGUCAUUUCAGGUCCAGUCAGCCCAGUUUGUCUCCGAGGACAGCAGACCAAUGAAAAGAGGACAGUCCGUUGACAGCUGGAGCUCCACACUGCGCCCAUACACGAGAACACAGGCGCGACGUCCAGGAUGCCGGAGAGACGUUUAGAAUAAAACAUCGCUUUCAAGUCGUGGCCCACAAUACUGCACAGCACGUCCGCCUCUUUCUGCUCUCUCCCCCCAGCUUACAUCCCCCACCCCUCCUCCUCUCUGUCUCUCUCUCCGAAUAAAACCGAGGGUUUCCGCGAAUGAGCGAGCAGCCUCCUCGCAAGCAGCCAUAAUUGGGAUUAUUCAGGAAUAAUUCGCUUGAUCCUGCUGUGAUGUUUUUGUUUUUGUUUUCAUUAUUCUUGCGUUAAAUCGGGGUUUCGACGGCUUCUGCGAGGUGUAGUCCUCCGCUUCAUCGCUGGAUUUUCCUUCUUUUUGUUUUGUUUUUUUUGUAUUCGGUCUGUCAUGGAGGCUUAUAUUGUGGACCAUUAAGAUGUAGUCCACCUUCGCUUCGCAGGACAGCACAACAAAGACUGCAUAUUGACAGUUCAGGGUAAAUGCAUCACGUUUGUUUGUUUGUUUUUUCUUCUUAAAUGAAAGAAAGAUGGGAAACAGAGACGUGUCGAGGCUGUUGUCUGUGUGGACUAAUUGUCCUGGUGCCUACAGCCAAUAUACACGCCAAGACGGUUCAUUUAGGGGAUGCGCGAUCUUUUUUCCCUCUCUAACGAUUGUGGGUGGGUUAUUGUAAGCAUUGAAAUUCUGACAUCAUUUGGAUAUAUAAUCAGAGAAUAAGAUAUGUUGGGGUUUUUUUAUCGCGUGUCUUUCUAGCCCUCUGGAGACUCAUCUUCGACGUGAUGCAACAUAAAAUGUGUUUUCUCGGAUGAUAUUCAAAUGAACACAUCCCUCUCUGUGAAGCUGUAAAAGGGUGGCGGUGGAUUUUUUUUUCCUUUUUUCUCCCCCAACGCACAUCUCUUAAAUGUGGCUCAGCAUCAGUGCCCCCUCAUCCUGGAUUGUUUGAUCAGCUGUUGAUUAUUUGAUAGCCUUCGCCGUCUCGUGUUUGUUAUAUGUUCCUCAUUUCGAUUGCCUUUGCGAUGGAUUUAUGCAUAACAGGUGUUGUUUGAGCCCGACAGCACAUCAAGAGCAUGAGGCUUUAUUAUGUGUGUUUCCCUCGAUUUGACGAACAGUGAAACAAAGCGGCUUGGAUCAUUUUUUUGUUUUUACCGUGAGAAAAGAACAGAGCCAAAAAAGAAGAAAAAAAAUGAGGAAAUGAAAGGUGGUGAGGCUGUGGACAAAGAGGAAAGAUGAUUGUAUCGUGUAGAAAAGAUCCUUACGGCCUCUCCUUUUAAAGACGAGAGAGCCGUGGAAGACGACGGCUGUGGGAGGAUUGUUACUGUUUAUAAAGGGCCCGAAUCAGGCAGGCCCUUGCGGAAGGUGAUAGAAUGGCUAACCAGAGCUUUGCCAUCGAUGGCCCUGGCAGUUUGCUGGCUGUGCUGGCUUCCCAGAGUGGACUGGCAAGAGGUGGCAGCAGCAGCAGUGAUAGCAGCAGCAACAGUGGAGGAAUCUCCGCCACAGAUGUGUCUGCCUACUUUAAGCUAGUCUUCUUGGGCUUGAUCAUCUGUGUCAGCCUUGUAGGCAACCUCUUGGUCUCCAUGCUGGUGUUGCGAGACAGGACACUUCACAAGGCUCCCUAUUUCUUCCUUUUGGACCUGUGCCUGGCCGAUGCAGUUCGCUCCGCUGCCUGCUUUCCCUUUGUGCUGGUUUCUGUCCACAACAGCUCGGCCUGGACUUACAGUGCCUUGAGUUGCAAAGUUGUGGCAUUCAUGGCUGUGCUGUUUUGUUUUCACGCUGCCUUCAUGCUGUUUUGUGUGGCUGUUACACGCUACCUUGCCAUUGCCCACCACCGUUUCUACGCCAAACGUAUGACCAUCUGGACCUGUGCCGCCAUCAUUUGCAUGGUGUGGACUCUGGCAGUUGCCAUGGCGUUCCCACCUGUCUUUGAUGUGGGGACUUACAAGUUCAUCCGUGAUGAAGAUCAGUGCAUUUUUGAACAUCGCUACCUGAAGACCAAUGACACACUGGGUUUCAUGCUCAUGCUGGCCGUGGUGGUCCUGGCCACUCAUGGCUUCUAUGCCAAGCUGCUGCUGUUUGAGUACAGACACCGCAAGAUGAAACCUGUCCAGCUUGUACCAGCUAUCAGCCAGAAUUGGACCUUUCAUGGUCCUGGGGCCACAGGUCAAGCUGCAGCCAACUGGAUUGCAGGGUUUGGUCGCGGCCCCAUGCCACCAACUCUGCUGGGCAUCAGGCAGAAUUUACACAAUCAGCACCGGCGGCUGCUCGGGAUGGAGGAGGUGAGGUCAGAGAGGAGGCUGGGCAGGAUGUUCUACACCAUCACCUUACUUUUCCUGGUUCUCUGGGCGCCCUACAUUGUGGCAUGCUUCUGGAGGGUUUUUGUCAAGUCCUGCACCAUCCCUCACAGGUACCUUUCCAUCACAGUGUGGAUGAGCUUCGCCCAGGCCGGAGUCAACCCUAUCUUCUGUCUCCUGCUUAACGAUGACCUGAGGAAAGUUCUGAGAGCUCACCUGCCCACUUACUGGAGGACUAAACAACACCUGCCCCAGGAUGAGGCCUACUGCAUCAUGUGAGGAGAUGUGAGAUUAACAAAGGAACUUUCUCAAAUUUUAAAGGGAAAUUUAGAGAACAGAAGUGUGAUGCACUUUGGUUUAAAUAUUAGUGUCUGUUUUGUUGUUUUGCACAACAAAAAUCAAAUUUUCACUAACAAAUGCAGACACAGUGCCAAUGUAUGAAGAAUGCAGAUAUUUUGAAUUAAUGUGUGAGUUGCAAAGGUUCGGCCAGGGCAAUAGACAAACCCUGGAAACACUUGGGAUGGUUUGUAUUCCAGAUCUUGUACUGUAUGAUUAACUGAUUGGUAAGAUCACAACAAUCACCACUCCAAUUACGUGUGACAGAUGCCAUUUUGAAAUAAUGUUGCCUUAUUCAGACGGACACGCCCCAGAGCUUUCAACUGAGAACUAUUUUGUCACAUGAGGCGCUAAACAGAUACAAACCCUUGAAGAAAUGUGCCGCGGACUGUGAAUAGAAAGUGUUGAUCAGAGCGUUUCAAACUCUGAAACACAUCAAAGAACUCAAAGGGUCUGAAUGGAGCGAGAGACCACCCUGGACGCCUUUUCAUGUAAUUCAAAGGAGACUGCAGAAUAUUAAACGGACCCAAUAACCUUGGAUACAUUUAAAUAGCUGUUGUGAACCCAGAAGCCCCCAAAAUGCUUGAUUUUUUUCAGACUUGGUUUAGGGCGUGUCAGAUUUCUUUGUAUCAUAAAAAGAGGAAAAAAUUGCCUGUUUUGCUUUGUUUGUAAACAAUACAUGUUAAGCAGAUGACACUAUUUUGAAAUAUGACUUGAUUUCAUAUUGUAUAGACGGUACAGGAAUGUUUAUUCCUGCUUGUGUGUUUUUAUAUAGGAUUUCUGCGUAUGUGUGCGCGAGAGGAAAGGUAGAGAGACAGGAGGGGAGGGAGGCAGAAAGAGACUGACAGAAGUAAUGACGAUAGAAUGGGUUCCAGUAAUACUGAGUCAAUAUGAAUGCAGCCUCAUUUUGUGGUCUCAAAAUCAUGCAAAAUUGAGCAAUCAUCAUAUGGAAAUUUAUCCUUUGAAUGGAUUUCUGCAACUGGAAAUGUAGUGUGUUUUUUUUAUGCUUAUGUGCAACUAAAUGUGAAAUACAGAUGGUUAAUUAAAUGAAAAUGUAACGGUUGUAUAUUGCAAACAGGCCACAGGAUUUAAUGACUUGAAUGAUGAUGUACGUCUUUUACAUCAUCUAAGAAAAUCAUGAACAAAUGUACAUUUAUUUGAAAAUGAUGGUCUUGGGAAUGUUUUAAAGUGCUGGACUGUCACUGAAAUGCUCUCUUCAGCAAAAAGUGGAAAAGAGGUGGCCCUUACUGAAAAGGGAAAAUCGAAUGUUAACCGACCCUCUUAUAUAUUUACGCUCAACAUAAAUGUCACCAUUUUGAUUGUCUGGAUCACGGUACAUUUUAAAAUCAAACAACUUCAGGCUGGUGGAUGGAAACUGGCUUAGACUACACUGAAUUGUUCCUCCAAAUUUAAGAUUCAUGUAAUGCAAAUGUCUGACCUACCGUACGUUAGACAUAGAUAUAUAUGUGCAGUCAAUUUGCUAAAUGUGGACACUUGCACAGCAUACUGUACUAGCAUGCAUUCCACUGCGUUUCAUAGAUUCAAGACUGGGUAUUACAACUUGUACAGAUGUAUAUGGAAAGACGAAGUGAAAAGUGAACAGAGGUUCAUAAUUUUUACGUCUGGCAUUCCUUCGCGAGAUGAUAUUCUGUAACUGUACAGUUUAACUGAGGUGGUUCUUUUGCCCACUCAUCAAUAAAGAAUCUACUUUUGAUGCA